CACAGAUCAGGAUGCGGUUCAUCGGUUGUACUUUCCUGGCCUUCAGUUGCCUGGUGGCUUUCUCAGCUGCCAACCCAGCUCUUUUGGCUCCUAUUAGGACUUUUAGCCAGAAUGGAACACUUGUUCCCCAGAGCAACUUUGCCUUGGAGCUGAAAGGAGUGAUUCGCCAGAUCCCAAAUGGUCAAAUUGAGAAACUCGUUCAGACCUAUCUACUCAACGAUCCCGAAUUCCAGAGUCUGAUCAGGGCUAUCAACUCGAUACCGGCUUAUCAAUUCUACAGGCAGUUGCUCAAUCAACCCGAAGUGCGACAAUUGCAGCAAUGGAUCUACCAACAAAUAAUCUUGUCCGGUGGAUCCCCCAAGAUUUUCGAGUACCUGGAACUGGAAAUCAAGAUCUUCAAUAAGUAUCCCUACUGGUCGCAGAUUGUCAAUGGAGUGAGUGGAUUCCAGUCUGAGUUGGUGCAGAUUUAUCCAGUGGAAUUGAUUCGAUCCCUUCUGGAACCGAGUGCCAGCCAAACUAGUGCUCAACUCUCGGAACUUUGGCGUCGUCUGGUGGCCUUGAAACCGGUUUACGAAAGGAUUUUGGCCACUCCCGCGGGCAAGGCCAUCGUCACUGAACUUCAGCGACUGGGCGUAGAUGUGGGUGGCUUGGAUGCCCUUAUUCGCUAUCAAUUCGGCUGGAGCAACGUCACUUUGGCAGCCCAGUUCUCCAACUACAAUUACUACUCAUACGGAUACUGAACAACAAGAUGCGAAAGUUCAAUUACAUUUCAGGGUUGAUAUCUUUGCCAAGAACUUCUUGAAUUCCUGAAAAGUGUAUUUAAUUAUCAUAACUAAUAAGUGUAUCAAAUCUAUAAAUUCUGGUCUUAUGUGUAUAUAUUAAUCCUAUUUAACAACCUUAUACCGAUUUGAAAUACAUAUCUAUACGUGUGGAAGAACA